AGAAAUCUAAGCUUUAUGAAUUCGCAACGCCUCAAAACGUUUUUCCAUUAUUUUAAUUCAAUUAAAUUUCAUGCGCACAGCCAACGCGCGUCACAUAGUGUUUCCCAUCCUCAUUCAAGCAGACCAAGCGUUCUCUGUCGUUAUGUGACUUCAGUGACUAACUGUGACCUCAGAAGGCGUUUGGCGUCCCACACCACUGUGUUGAUAUAAACCCCGUCCACGGCAGAAGAACGAAGCGCGCUCCCGUCCAGUUGUAUCUGAACAGAGUUACCUGAAAAUAUGGCUGUGAGUUCUGAAGACGGACAUUGCAAAUAUAGACUAUUUGCUUUCAUUAUGCUUUUUAACAUCUCGUUAAGCACGGCGGUCAGUCUCGAUUUAACGGAGCUGCGAAAUAAUGUUUCCAAAAUAAAAGUGCAUCCACGUGGGAAUCUCUGGGCGACAGGUCAUUUCAUGGGCAAGAAGAACAUUUCAAGCAGCCAGUUCCAGGACUCUCAAUUCUCCUCAAAGCGUCCCAGGAAUACUUCGAGAGAAUCCGAGGAUCUGAGGGAGCUGAUCACUCAGGAGGUGCUCAAAGUUGCUCUUCAGGCUCAGCUUGAAGAUCCAAAGAGGACACAAGAUGUUUAUAAUCAGGAUACGGACUUCAUGGUAAAGCUUUUGAAAAGCUAUAAGAAACCUAUAUUGCUGUUGAUAUAA